UGCUACUCUCAGGCCACAACCAUUCUUAUCCUCAAAGCGAAAAGAUGUUCAGAAUUGAAGUAGUGGUGGGAAUAAUCCUUGUAGUGUUGUUCGCUGAAGGCAAUCACUCAUUGCAUCGGGACACGCGUGGAGUACACGUUAAACUACCAAGUGGAAGCUCGGCGGCGGUUUCCAGUGCUGUGCGUAGUUUAAAAGAGAAGAUUGAGCAGCAGACAGAGGUUCUGAAUCGACUGGCCAAUGCCACGGAGAAGCUGGCGGAAGGCUCAGGAGCCAUUCUGUCCAACUGUGCUCUGACCGAGAAGUACGGGUACACCCGCAUUCAACUGGAGAAGGGCAGCCGACCGUUCGACGUCUUCUGCGAACAGGCUCUUGACGAAGGCGGCUGGACAUUGGUGCUGCAGCGAUUCAAUGGCACCCAGCGCUCUGCGAAGGAAUUCCGCGAUGGGUACAACAGCAUUGCGGACGGAGAAUACUUCUUGGGCACCGACAAGCUGUACGCGCUGACUCACUCGCGCGACCACGAGCUGCUCUUCGUGAUGCAGUUUGUUGACAUGACAACGCGCACCUACCAGGCCCAGCGUUUCGUCCUGAAGAGUCCCACGGCGUACCUUACAUGGGCCAAGGAACAGGACACCGUUCGCUAUAGCUGGCCCUUGUGGGAGCAGGAGAUCGCACGCUUGCCAGAUGGAAAAUCAUGGGAGUCAUAUGAGAGCUGUUCUUCGCUUUGUGGCCCGGAGCGCUUCAUUGUCUUUCUGCUGAAGUGGAACUUCGGUACGCAGAACUUAAACCCGAUAAUGGGACGCCCGGCUAUUCGACUUUUCAAGCUUCUGUUGCGCCCAUCUAAUGCCUACUUGACUGUUAAAAACCCAUAAGUUAUUUUUAAUACUAAACCUGACUCGUUCGGCUUUGAAUUUGCUUUUGGAUUAAAAACAGACUAAAUUUGACUAUUUUGUGACUGCUAAAAUUUGUCUUUAUAAUGUUUAAUAAAGUGCGACAGUCAAAACAAUAUUAAUACCUUCAACAA